CCUCGUUAUAUGUUCCUUACAAGUUAAAGACAACCAAUCAGCUAAUGUGCCUGUUGCUAAUUUAUCUAUUGGAGGCCACAUGACGCUCAAUUUUAUUUCCGAAUUUCGACAUGAAGCCCUCCUGUAGAAACGCAGUAUUUGACGAUGAAGAGGACGCGGACGGAAUUUGUCGGGCAAAAGAGGAGCAGGCGCUCGUGGGAAGUGUUUGCAAGUUGCAACGUCGCCAGGACGAGUUACACACGGCAGUGGACGUCAGCGAACAAGAUCUUCAUCCUGAGAAGCGGGAGGCGGAAACCUCUCACAUUAAAGAGGAGGAGGAGCCAGAUUUAGCUGACAUGGGAAAGGGAGGAGAGCCAGAGCUCCCGCACGUUAAAGACGAAGAGCAGGAGGAUGAAAUCAGCAAGUUUCCAUCAGUUGGUGUCACUCUGAAGGGUGAAGGAGACGACGGAGACCACAGUGGAGUCUCCCACGCGCAAGACCUCUCAGCUCCACUCUCAGAUAGCGAGGACGUAACGUCGCACUCUUCCGAUUAUGAUGAAGAUGGCGACGACGCAGAUGAACAUUCCAAAGGCGGUCCGACAUGCCAAACUGACAUCAAAUGUUCUUACUGUGGCAAAACUUUUCACAGAAAGUCAUUGUUGAAAAAACACACAAGAACACACACGAAGCCUUUUUUCUGCUCAGUUUGUGGUCAAAGAUUCUCCAGAAAGGCGACGUUGACGAUGCACACAAGAACGCACACGGGAGAAAAACCUUUCGUCUGCUCAGUUUGCGGUAAAAGAUUCUCGAGAAAUGGAAGCUUAAAAAGACACGCGAGAACACACACCGGAGAAAAACCUUUUGCUUGUUCAGUUUGCGACAAAAGAUUCUCUAGAAAGGGACACUUGAUCGAUCACACAAAAAGACACACUGGAGAAAAACCUUUUCCCUGCUCAGUUUGCGGUGAAAGAUUCAUGCAAGUCGGGGAUUUAAAAAUACACGCGAGAGCACACACUGGCGAGAAACCAUUUAGUCAGCAUGUGUGAUCGCAUUCCAUUUUGAGUGCCGUGUUAAGAGGCGCUAGUGUGCUGGAAAACAAUGUCAAGUCCAUCUUGUGUAUGAAGUUUGCAGUUUAAAAAAAAAAAAAAAAAAUUCAAGCUGCUUUGCCUCGGGGAGAAGAGCAGCAGCCAAGGAAGCUGCAGAAUAAACAUAAGAAACGUGGUGCUCAUCUUUGACUUCUUCCGUACUCUCGGAUCAUGAAACACUCGCAGAACUUGGGUUUAUGAAAGAGCUGGUUGAUGAGCGAGUUCCGUUUAGGUCAUAAGGUCCAGCCCACCUUCAGGAUGCCCCAAUAAAAGAAAAUCUCAACAGGGAGAAGGACGGGAAGUUCUUCAGUUCUUUCAAAGGCAGGAAUGGCGGCCGGCUGUAGUAGUGGUCCAUGUCAGUGAGUGGUCUGGAACACGAGACCGUAUGUCUUCGCAACCAACGUUGCACGUGCCUUAUAAGCUGGCUCAAACAAGUUCAGCUAUCUGAAGAAAACCAGAUUUAUACAGAGAGAAAGCUAAAGGACUUGAAAAGUUUAAAAAGUAGCAGUGAGCUGCAGAAAUAUUUUUUUCUGGUCAGUAGAUUUGGGACUCUUGGCAACUUACUUUGCUGUCGGAACACAAAGUAAUUCUGUUAUGCAUAUCUAGUGUUGCUUUUUUUCAAAAUAUUACUAAAAUCACGAUUUGUUUGCGUUCUGUGCGUGUGGGGGUGAAGGCAGAAAGAUGUCUUGGCCCAAGGUCCCGGGCAGCGCUCCUGCGCACGACGACAAAUUUGUGACUAAACACAAAUUUGGGAAAGGUGAGUUAAAUUUUACAAGUCACACCCAAACUUGAUUACCAACAUACUUGCUGGAUCAAGAGGUUCAUUAAAUAAAAAUCUGUCUAUGAAAACGUGACAUAGGUUACAAGAUCUCAAGAAGCAAUGCAUCCCAAAAAAUUCAAGACGAAAUUGGGGAGGGGGGCUGAAAUCUAUCAAACUGGAAAAGAUUGCAAAGCCAUUUGCAAAGCUUUGGGGCUCCAGCAAACCACUGUCAGAGCCAUUAUCAUAAAAUGGAGAAAACUGGCAACAGUGGCAAACCUUCCCAGGAGUAAACAACCAAACGAUGAUUCAUCCAGGGGGUCACAGAAGAACUUCAAAGAGCAUCAAAAGACCUGCAGGCCUCGCUGACCUCAGUUAAGGUCAGUGUUCCAUGGCUGUACCAAAAGAAAGACACUGAAUAUUACAAUUGGUUUGAUGAUUUGAAACCUAGUCACUGAUGGGAGUAGUAGUACACACGGCUGACUUUGGUGCGGGCAGCGUGGAAACGAUUCCCACUCUCGAUAUCUGUGACUGACUGGCGACCAGUUCAGGGUGUAGUCUACCUUUUGCCCAAAACUAGCUGGGAUAAGCCUCUUGAUCACGUUUCGCACACCAUUUGCAAGUUGUUACCUGUAUAUUGCCGUGUGUUUAACAAUUGUUGUCAUCGUUGCUUAACUGUGAGUAAAACUACAGGGCAAAGUUUGGCCAAUCUGCCAACGUGUGUCGGGCCAGUCCGACAGACGAGAGCCGAGAGAGCCCGUGUACCUACGUCAUAAAAUCACGUGACUUUUGUUUACGUCGCCAUAUUGCCGGUCAAUCUAGGCAUCGCUCAAUGCUCAGUCGGUUGGAGACGACACGGAAAUAUGUCUUGUAGCACGACGCCCAGACUCUUGACGGAUACCGU